UUAAAGAUGACUAUAUUAUUGUUUCUCUUCCGGAACAAUGGAAUACGAUUGCAUUUGCCGCGGCGAAAAGCUAUAAUAAUCGAAUACAACCUUUUAUGCGAUAUUCUUUUGGACAAAAAGUAAAAGUACAAAUAGUUCACGUUCCACAACAUAAGAAUGACAAUAAUGUUAACGAUAAUAACGUCAUAGAUCGCGUUUUGGUGGCACUUCAACAAGCAGCUGAUCAAGAAAAAUUUAUGAUAUCAGGUACAAAAUCUAUUGAAGAUUUUUCACCUGGACAAAAAUUAAGGGACUUUGUUAAAGAUGUAUCAGCACUAUAUAAAACUGGUCAACACGUAACUGCAGUGGUUUUGAACAUUGAUUAUACUACACAAAAAGUCGCUUUUGGUAUUAAAAACUCGUGCUUUAAAGAGUAUGGUAUAGAUUUACUUGAUGAAUCAGAUCAGGAUAUGGAUGACGAUAUGGAGGUUGAAGAUGAUGCUGAAAAAUCAAAUUUACAAAUGGAAAUUGAUUCAGAUGACCAAGAAAGUCAAGUGUCUGAUAUUAAUGAAAGUGAUAAUGAAAUGAUGGAAGUAAACAACAAUUCGCAAGAAGUUGAAAUCACGCCUUUGCCAAUUUCUA